AUGAACCCAGCCGGCUCAAUCGCCCUCGCUCUCUUCUUGACAACAUUCGGUGUAAUCUUCUUCUGGUACAUCUGGAUCAAGGUCUUUCGAUGGGAGCUCGCAAUCUGGUAUCGUGCGAAUGUCCAACGUCGCAAGGAGCGUGAGCUUGAGGUCAGAAGUAUUGAUCUGGAGAUGGGAGGAGGUGCUGAUGGAGAAGGGAGUAAGGCUGGAAGCAGCAAGCAUGGAAGCAAAAAGUCUCAACGAAGUAAGCAUGGGAGUAAGGCUGCUAGUAAAAGCGAGGGUAGUAAAGGAGGAGGUCGUGGUGGAAGUAGACACGAUAGCAGGUCCGGCAGCAAGGCUUGA